CGCCAGUUAAACUGGGACACCCUGAACGCACCAUGCACAACAAACAAGAUGGCGUGUUGUGGAAACAGUGUUUGUCGCCGAUGUUGCUGCAGAGGAGGAGAUACACAGACACCAGAAGAACUGACAAUCCUUGGAGAAUUUCGAGAUGAAGAUGAGAUUCUACCAAGGAAAGACUAUGAGAGCUUGGAUUAUGAUCGAUGCAUUAAUGAGUCCUAUGCGGAGGUUCUCGAGGGGAUGGACAACAGGAAAGCUAAAAAGUAUGAAGCAGUACGAUGGAUGAUGGUGUUCGCUAUUGGAGUCACAGUGGGUCUGGUGGGCCUGUUUGUGGAUUUCUUUGUACGUCUCUUCACUAAAAUCAAAUUUACCCUGGUUGGUGAUUCUAUAGAGAACUGUAGUGACAAAGGCUGUCUACCUCUGUCUCUGGUGGAACUCUUGGCAUUUAACAUGACCUUUGUCUUCAUCGCCAGUGUGCUCAUCCUCAUUGAGCCAGCAGCUACCGGUUCUGGGAUACCAGAAAUUAAAAGUUACUUGAAUGGUGUGAAAAUUCCUGGAAUUGUCCGGCUGCGAACUUUUCUUUGUAAGGCUACUGGAGUUCUGUUCAGUGUGGCUGGAGGUCUGUUUGUGGGGAAAGAGGGUCCAAUGAUACACAGUGGAGCCAUUGUUGGAGCUGGCCUUCCCCAGUUUCAGAGCAUCACCUUCAAAAGGAUCAAAUUUGAUUUUCCCUAUUUCCGUAGCGACAGGGACAAGCGUGACUUUGUAUCAGCGGGUGCUGCUGCUGGAGUCGCAGCUGCUUUUGGUGCGCCUAUAGGUGGUACCCUUUUCAGUUUGGAGGAGGGCUCCUCUUUUUGGAACCAGGGCCUCACUUGGAAAGUGCUCUUCUGCUCUAUGUCGGCCACUUUCACCCUCAACUUCUUCCGUUCAGGGAUCGAUUUCAACAAGUGGGGCUGCCUCCAGCUCCCUGGUCUGCUCAACUUUGGAGAGUUCAAGUGUCCAGAUGGAGAUGAGACUUGCCACCUGUGGACAGCUGUGGACCUGGCCUUCUUUGUCCUGAUGGGGGCGGUCGGUGGCUUGCUGGGGGCACUCUUCAACUGCAUGAACAAGUGCCUGUCGAAGUAUCGCAUCAGACAUAUCCACCCGAAGGACAAGUUAAUCAGAGUUUUAGAGAGUCUGCUGGUUGCCAUGGUCACAACAGUGGUCAUAUUUGCAGCUUCCAUCCUGUUAGGUGAAUGUCAUGACCUGCCCCCCCCUAAAUCUCAAAACACCACACUUUCUGGCAGUGAGGAUAUCAAUUCAACCAUCCGUCAGUUCUUCUGUCCCAAUAAGACCUACAAUGACAUGGCCACCUUGUUCUUCAACCCACAGGAAGCUGCCAUCCACCAGCUCCUCCACCAAGAUGGUACCUUCAGCCCUAUGACUCUGUCCGUGUUCUUUGUGCUGUACUUCCUGUUGGCCUGUUGGACCUAUGGGGUGUCUGUACCCAGUGGUCUCUUUGUCCCCUCACUGCUCUGUGGGGCGGCUUUUGGACGUCUGGUUGCAAACAUCCUCAAAGUGAAACUAGGAAUGGACAUCUAUUCAGGGACCUUUGCUCUAAUUGGAGCCGCUGCUUUUCUCGGAGGCGUGGUCAGAAUGACCAUCAGUCUGACUGUCAUCCUCAUUGAAUCCACCAAUGAAAUCACAUACGGGCUGCCUAUCAUGAUCACUCUAAUGGUUGCCAAAUGGACUGGAGAUUUCUUCAACAAGGGCAUCUAUGAUAUCCACAUUCAACUAAGAGGAGUGCCACUGCUGGAGUGGGAGACUGAGGUUGAGAUGGACAAACUGACAGCUAGUGAUAUCAUGGAGCCCAACUUGACUUAUCUGUACCCCCACACCCGAGUCCAGUCUCUUGUCAGCAUACUCCGUACCACUAUCUACCAUGCCUUCCCAGUGGUCACUGAAAACCGGCAGAAUGAGCGGGAAUUUGUGAAGGGCAACAUCCUGGUCAGCAACAACAUUCGCUUCAAGAAGUCCAGUGUCAUGUCCCGUGCGGGGGAACAGCGGCGACGCUGCCAGUCAAUGAAGUCAUACCCAUCCAGCGAGCUUAGGAAUGUUUGUGAUGAACAGAAUGCUGUGGUAGAGCCUGCAGAGGAGGGAGAGGACCUGCUGCAGCCGAUGUUAGAGAGGAGGCAUGCUCCCUACCCCAACUUGUACCCAGAUCAGUCUCCCAGUGAAGAGUGGACCAUGGAGGAGCGCUUCAGACCACUCACCUUCCACGGCCUCAUCCUGCGCUCGCAGUUAGUCAACUUGCUCAUCAGAGGGGUUUGCUAUGCUGAGAACCAAUCUAGUGCCACUCAGCCCAGGUUGUCAUAUUCAGAAAUGACUGAAGAUUACCCACGUUUCCCUGACAUCCAUGAUUUGGACCUAACGCUGCUCAACCCCCGCAUGAUAGUGGAUGUCACCCCCUACAUGAACCCUUGUCCCUACAUAGUGUCACCCAACACCCGCAUCUCCCAGGUAUUCAACCUGUUCAGGACCAUGGGCCUGCGACACUUACCAGUUGUUAAUGCUGUUGGAGAAAUUGUUGGAAUAAUCACAAGACAUAAUUUAACCCACGAGUUCCUUGCGGCAAAACUUCGACAGCACUAUAUCACUUUUUAACCUGACUCAGAUUAUCCUACUGCUCUUCCCAAACUCUAUUGAGCCUAGUUCUCAGCUUUUGUCUCUGUCCAUUCUUUAAAACAUUUAGACAUUCCCAAACACAUGCAAGGCAUUUACACCCAGUUUACCACCAUACACACAUUAUUUUUAGUGCAGUGGAGAACACUGUUCUCCUGUAAAUGAAGCUGCACAGUUGUUUUUCUCUUAAGAUUUACCUUUUUUAUAGCUGAGGCAUUGUCAGUCUUCAAGGACCCUAGUCUCACAUCCACUGGCUUCAGUAAUGGGACUGGGCCCAAACAUUUUAUAACCAUAAUCCCAUAAUCUGGAUCCUGAAUAACAACCACUAUCAUAGAAGGACAGAUGUGAUGCACGUAACUACAAAAAUAAGACCUGACAAUAAUAUCUGAUUGAAUAUAGGUUUCCAGAUCAAACUUGAGGGCAAUAAGAAAAAUGGUCUGUGAUUUAGAUCUGGUGUUGAGAAAAUUCACACUGACACAACAAACUACCAAAUGUAAUAUUACAGUUUCAUUUACUAUCUUCAGAAUUUUUGAUUGUUGUUUGUACCUUUACUUUUGAUUAAGUACCUGGAAUAUAUGCCCUAAAAGCAGGCCAACAUUGCCUCAGAGCCUGCAACUAAACUUAACUGUCAUAACAUUCCAAGUAGGACAUUCAGUAACAUGUUUAACCACUUCAGCAUUUGAUAAAUUACAAUUGUUUUGCAAUUAUGACAUGUAGUAAUAUUUGCAAUGUCAUUGCGUCAAUUUAAUAUGGUGUCAUGACUAAGAAGAGGACUGUCAGCACUGUAUAGGACAGUCUUAGAUUAGGAUUUUGGUUUGGUAUGUAAUGGGAAAUUUAUAGGACAGGAUCUUUGGAGGAUAAACUGCAAAAUACUGUUCUUUUUAAAUGUUUUUGUUAAAACUCUGCUACAAAAUUUUCAUCAAUUUUGUAUCUUUUUGGCCCAUAUUCCUAGUACAUUAUGUUAUUGUUAUUCUUAAAAUAACUAAAAUAUAACUUAUGAGAAAGGAAAGGAAAAGGAAUCAGAGUUGUACUUUGUAUUGAUUGUCCACUGUAUGUCAGGUUGUUUGAAUAUAGCAUCAAUGAUGGCACAUAUCUAUGAUAUGAUGGCACAUAUCUAAAUUAAACAUCCCAUCUUUGAGCCUUA